AUUUAAUCACCAAAUAAAUUAAGAUUACAACCACAGAUAUAAAUGCAAGUAAAUUUUUUAGAAUUUCUAACAAAUAAUUUAUGGGAUAUUAGGUAAAAUAUUAGGAUGGUCCUUAUUGAUUUAAACAGGCAUCCUCUUUAGCUCUAGAAAUGGACUCAAGACUUAAUUAUUAUUAUAGAAAAGAUUAUAGAGAUUAAUAAUCAUCCAUGAUUAAACAAAAUCGUUCUUUUUAUAAUACUUCUUAGAGAAGAAAUAAUGAUGUAACAUCAAAGCUUAAGAUUUCUUAAAUUUAAUUAAUUUAAAUCGAUAAUAUCUGAUUAAUAUAAAUUAAAUGAAAGAAUUAAGGUAGCAUAUAUUGAUAGUUUAAAUUUUUUUCAUAAUUUUAUUAUUUUCUAUCAACCACAUUAAUUUAAAUCAUUUACCAAGUAAUUUAUUAUAGAUAAAAAUCACAUUUUAUUCUUUUUAACAUCUAACUAAUUAAUUGACAUCAACCAUUAUAAAUUAAGAUGA